AUGUCAAAUCCGUUGCCGCCGGCAACAAGCGCGCCGAAUAAUUUGUCAUCACUUAUGAACAGCAGUCCGCUCGUGCAGGUGCAAUUUUCCGGUGGCAGUGGAGGAGGUGCUGGCGGUGCUGGGCAUGGAGGCCAGGCCAGUAAAGCGCUUGACGCGAUGCGCGCGUACCGCGCCUGUUUGCACUGCAGGAACCGGAAGAGCAAAUGCGAUUUGGAUCCAAACCAAGGGAGACCGCCCUGCCGGCGAUGUCAAAGGGAAAACAGAGAGUGUGUGCUAGGCGAGAGUCACCGAGGAGGACGCCGAGUCAGGAAGAAAGCGAAGACCGAGGAUGGGUCGGUAGAAGGAGAGGAGCCUCUCUCCUCCUCCUCCUCCUCCUUUGCUCCCCCGGGUGCGGGUGCAUCUUUCCAGUCUCCGAUCACAGAGCCCGUUCAAUACGGUCCCGGAUCCGGAUCCGGUCCGCUUCAGCCGCACCCAGGAGCCAAUCCUAUACAGUACAACCGUCCGGUGUGGCAGCCACCGCCGGCUGAUGGUGGCGAGACCAGUACUGCGAGUCAUUCUCAAUAUCCACCGAUUCCGAGUCCGUCUACAAUUCAACCACCAUAUCGUUCUCGGCUUGAGUCAACAACCAGCCUGGUUGGCAAAGCUCACGAGGGCAUCGCCUCAGCAGAUCUCCAAAAUCCAUCCGAUGCUCUCGAGAUUCUCGCGCAAGUCGCCGACAGAGCUGAGGAUUCGAACUCCCCGAGAAGUGAUGACCCUUCAGGACAGGCCAAGAGGAGACAGCCAGUUCCCCGGCCCGACCCACCCCAGCCCAUGAUCGAUACAUGGCAUUACCGGCCGAUUCAAGAAGGUUUGUUGAGUCCUGAGAUGGUAUACCAGCUGUUCCAAAGUUACGAGCAGUUCUUUCACCCAUUCUUCCCAAUAAUUCCAACAGAGACCUUCGAUAGAUCCAGGUUCCAGUGGCUGUCACGUUACGAGCCCCAUUUGUUCUCGGCCAUCUUGACUGUAGCAUCAAAGGAUGACGAACGAAUUCAUCAAGUCUGUUACGAUCACAUGCAGCUACUAAUCUCGAACAUCCUCGCUGGGGCUGAUGCUGACGUCGAAGCGGUCGAAUCCCUUCUUCUGCUUUCUCAAUGGGUGUCGCACCGCCCUCAAGUCGCAGCAACUGUCGGACGCGGCGAAGAAGAUCGGGUCGCCUGGAUGUACAUUGGGACAGCCCUCCGACUGGGCUAUUUCCUCGAAAUCGACCGGACAUCAUUCAAUAGCGACAAUCAGGAAGAUCCCGUCAUAUUCCAUCGGAAACGACUGGUCUGGGCUGCCUGCUAUAUUUGCGACCGUCAAGUCUCGGUUCGUGUUGGAAAGGGCUUCUGGGCUCGUGGGCCCGGUCCUUUGUCCGGGCUGAGAGCUAGCGACUUCCCAACUCUACGACCAACUUCCGAACACUACUUGGACUACGGCUCGCUUUUCCAGGCGAACCUGGAGUUGACACAGAUCUUUUCUAACGUGCAUGACAUUCUGUACUCUUCAAAAGGCCAUGCUUGGAAAGAGAUGUUGGAAGGCCGGUACGCCAAGUACUUGGACGACUUUCGCUUCAGCAUCCGAAAAUGGGACGAUACGUGGGGAAAUAUCCAUUGCCCUGUGUAUAUCAAGGCGAGCUUGCAACUGAAUUUUGAUUACUUACGCCUCUACGUCAACGCCUUUGCUUACCAAGCAACAAUUUCUCGCGCCCUGACCGACCAACGAGACAGCCAGCACAACCCUCACCGAGCAGUGCCGCUCAUCGACGCCACAGCUCCAGAUGCCCGCUUUAUUUACGAAGCCAUCGAUGCUGCCACCUCCCUCCUCAGCCGAUUCAAUAACGACGUUGAUCCGCAAACGCUCCGCCAUAUGCCUUCAUCUUAUUACCUGUUCAUCAUCUACAGCGCGGUUUUUCUCUACAAGGCCCGAUCAACAACUUCUAUGAAAGAGGACGAGCGCGAAGCCGUCCGCAUGACUAUCAAAGCCACAAUCACUCGCCUACAAGCCUCCUCUGUGGGGGCGAACCAGAUGGGCACGCGCUACGCGCGUCUCCUUGAACUGCUGUGGCGCAAAUCUCCCAAGAGGAGCGGCCCGGGCGCACUGCACAAACAAAGCCUCGAUAACAGGCUUGCGCACAGCAGCCUCCUGCCGGCGGCCCAGAAAUUCGAGACGGACAACUUCGACCCAAGCCUCCACAGCGCCUCCUACCACCACCACCUCAACAACAACCCCGCGACCCAGAACGAAGUCGACCAGCAGCAGCAGCAGCAGCAGCAGUACCUGGAACCGGGCCAGUACUCGGAUACGACCACCAUGGGCGGCAUGGACAACAGCAGCGGCAGCGGGGCGACGUUCAGCUGGCUAGACCUGAACUCGACGUUCAACUUCGCGCUGCAGAACGGUACCGGGGGUGGCGGGAGCACCAGCGGCGGCGAAGAAGGCGGCGGAGGCGGCGGCAGCGGCGGCGGCGGAGCCUUGGGACCCGGCGAGGACGGGAUGGGCGGUGGUUUCGGACAGGGUGGGGGGUUCAUGGACACGAGCUUCCUGGGUGUCCCGGACGGGACGCAGUUCCAGUUCUAG